ACCUGGCACUGCGUAUGGGUCCAGGAAGCAGAAGCGAGCGAGAGGAAACUUAAAACUUCGGACUGGAGCCCGAGAGACGCGGUAUGAGGAGAUUUUGUGUCUUGGGGCCCCCAGCCCCUAGGCCGCAGGGCAUCAUCCCAUGGAGCAAAGUUUGGCCGCAGCUUGGGGAUCAGUGAGGGAUUCUGGAGCCGAAGCGCCCCCGGCGGGGUGGCAGCAAGCACCGCAGUCUCGACACCUGCUCUGAUGCCCCGCGUUAGUGCCGCCGCCGCCGGAGCGACAGGGAGGCGGGAGGCAUCGCUGCAGCACAACUCCCCACCCCUUUCCUCUCUUCCCUACUCCCCCACCCCACCCGCACCCCAACACCCGCCCCAGGCUGGUGACUCCGCCUCUCCGUGCUGGGCGGCUCUCUGGCUGGAGCUGGGAAGGAAGGGAGCGCUUCCCCAGGACUAAGCUCCGAGCUGAGGCUGAGAAGCGGACGCCGCUAGCUCAGACCCCGGGGGCGGGAGCUGGACGGGCCCGGGAACGCCGGAUGGGACGCCCCCAAGGGUUCUGUGCGCGCCCCGUUGCCAAGCCCCAGUCCUAGGCGCCCGGGCGCCCAGCCCGCCCCGCCGCAGCCCGCGGCCUGACCGGAGGGGAGCAUGCGGCCCCGGGCCCCGCGGACCCCGGCCACAGGGCGGCGGGGACCCAGCUGCAGCGCCCCGCGCCCUAGGGCGGCGGCGGGUGAGGAACCGCGGGGGCCAGCGAGUCGUCGGGGCAAGGACACCAGCGCCGCCCCAGCCCGGGCUCCGGAAGGGCCGCGGGACCCGUGCGCGGCGGCCUGAGCGCCGAGAAGGAGGAGAAGGAGGCGGAGGCGCCCGCCGUCCGUCCAGGCUCUGGAGAGACUGUGAGGGGCUCCGCAGCAGCCCCGGACCCCCGGCCACCAUCCUCACGUUUCUGCUCCCGCGGAGGGGAUGCCGCGGCCCGGGCCCCGAGCACCGCCCCGGCCCCGGGGCUGAGCUGCGGACCAUGUCCUCCCGCAGCCCCCGGCCCCCGCCCCGCCGCUGCCGCCGCCGCCUGCCGCGGCCCUCCUCCUCCUGCUGCUGCUGCUGCUGCCGCCGCUCGCACCUCAACGAGGACACGGGGCGCUUCGUGCUGCUGGCGGCGCUCAUCGGCCUCUACCUGGUGGCGGGCGCCACGGUCUUCUCGGCGCUGGAGAGCCCCGGCGAGGCGGAGGCGCGGGCGCGCUGGGGCGCCACCCUGCGCAACUUCAGCGCGGCGCACGGGGUGGCGGAGCCCGAGCUGCGCGCCUUCCUCCGGCACUACGAGGCCGCGCUGGCCGCCGGCGUCCGCGCCGACGCGCUGCGCCCGCGCUGGGACUUCCCCGGCGCCUUCUACUUCGUGGGCACCGUGGUCUCCACCAUAGGUUUCGGCAUGACCACGCCCGCCACCGUGGGUGGGAAGGCCUUCCUCAUCGCCUAUGGACUGUUCGGCUGCGCUGGGACCAUCCUGUUCUUCAACCUCUUCCUGGAGCGCAUCAUCUCGCUGCUGGCCUUCAUCAUGCGCGCCUGCCGGGAGCACCAGCUGCGCCGCAGCGGCCUGCUGCCCGGCGCCUUCGGCGGCCGCGGCUCGGCGCUCUCGGAGGCCGAGGGCCUGGCGGGCUGGAAGCCGUCGGUGUACCACGUGCUGCUGAUCCUGGGCCUGUUCGCCGUGCUGCUGUCGUGCUGCGCCUCGGCCAUGUACGCCAGCGUGGAGGGCUGGGACUACGUGGACUCGCUCUACUUCUGCUUCGUCACCUUCAGCACCAUCGGCUUCGGGGACCUGGUGAGCAGCCAGCGCGCCGCCUACCGGAACCAGGGGCUGUACCGCCUCGGCAACUUCCUCUUCAUCCUGCUCGGCGUGUGCUGCAUCUACUCGCUCUUCAACGUCAUCUCCAUCCUCAUCAAGCAGGUGCUCAACUGGAUGCUGCGCAAGCUGAGCUGCCGCUGCUGCGCGCGCUGCUGCCCGGCGGCGCCCGGCGCGCCCCUGGCCCGGCGCAACGCCAUCACCCCGGGCUCCCGGCUGCGCCGCCGCCUGACCGCACUCGGCGUGGACCCCGCGGCCGCGGCCUGUGACAGCGACGCCGAGGGCCGCCGCCUGUCCGGGGAGCUCAUCUCCAUGCGCGACCUCACCGCCUCCAACAAGGUGUCGCUGGCGCUGCUGCAGAAGCAGCUGUCCGAGACGGCCAACGGCUACCCGCGCGGCGUGUGCGCCCACACGCGCCAGAACGGCUUCUCGGGCGGCGUGGGCGCGCUGGGCAUCAUGAACAACCGCCUGGCCGAGACCAGUGCCUCCAGGUAGACUGCCCGCCCGCCUGCCCGCCUCGCCGCGUGCACCAGGGAUCCCCAGGCUGGCUGGCGUGCCACCAGGCGUGGUUUGCUCUCCUUCUCUCAGACGCUGGCGCUUUCUUAAUCUUUAUCCAAUAAAAUGAAACCAAAAAAAAUAUUUUUUUUUUCAAGAAAUACUACUUGGACAGGCCUGAUGUGAUCAGGGGCAGGUUGUGGGGGAAACCUGUUUUUUCUGGUGGGUCCCCUCUUCUUGGAGAACCGUGGCGGCCCCCAGCAGAUUCUCCUCAGGGAGAGAGAAAGUGGCACCCAGACCCUCACGCGAUGCAGAUUGCAGCCAGGAGAGAGUGCCGGUCCUGGGUGGUGCAGACUGGCAUUCAACCCGGUCCGUCCCCAUGGGCAUAAGCAGCCGGCAACCCCAAAACAUAUGGUGCGACUUCACGUGGCUCCGAGUUACCUCCGCAGCAUUUAGAAUCCUGGCCCAGCCUAGCAGCUUCCUUCUGGUCGUCAGAAGUGAGAUAGUCACAGUUUUGACAGAUGGGGGUGGGGAGGGCCAUCUGUUACCUCCUGGUGCACAUAUAUAGCACAGCCGCUACACACACAAGUGGUGUAGUAUUACGCAAUGAGAUGAAACAAGCACCGACUCGGAGACCGUGGCGUUUCCGAGAUUUGGAAAUGGUGAUGGUAAGGGGCUUAGCUGGCCUUUCUCAGCCUGUAUUCCACUGAGCACAGUACCCAGGGCAGCUCCUUGUAAAUGAAGGAAACCUGGGUGGCCUGCCCGAGGGGAGCUCUGGGCUGCAGGAGCCCCGCUCUGCGUCGCCUGCCUGAUCUCAGAGGCUCCACACCUAUCUCUGAACCCCCAACCCUCCUUUCUCUCACCAGCACCAUCCACCAGAUCGCUUCUCAUCCUUAGCCAGGGAUGUGCGUCUUCUCAGACAAGGCUCUGCUUUGUUAGUGUGGGCUCUUUUUUCUCCUUAACUCUGAUCACUUCCGCAUUUUUCCCCUUCAGAGAGAGCCUGAGGGUGCAGAACACAGCCCCAGCCCACCCUCCAGCUCUGACGAAUAGGGCUCUGCCAGGAACCCAAAGCAGCCAUUUCACACACGUCAGAAAACUGGGCUUCGGAGCCCAUGUUUUGGAGGCACAUGCCAUCCUGAACCCUAUGUGGCCCCCACAGAUAAUUGAGUGAGUGUGCUUCCCCCACAGAGUACGCACUGGAGGUGGAGGAAGCCGGGAGGGAGGGAGCUGAGGAGCAGGCCGAUGGAAACAAUCUGAGGAUUCCGGUUUGGCUCUGGAUGAUCCUCAAGCUGAGGGACAGGUUCUCCCAGAUGCUCCCUCUGCCACACGGGGGUCACUGACCUGGAGGAGGGCCAGGUCCCCCUCCUUUGAUGAAAGGAAGGGGGGGGGGUGUCUUGGACUAUGAAGGAACAAAACCUUCGGCUCAUGUUUCUCAUCUGGAAAGAGGAUGAUCCCAAGGACAAAUGCCAGUGUUUAGUCAGACAUGGUAUGACCCAGCAACACACAUAGACAGCUUCUGGCAGGAAGUCUUAGACAGCACCAGACGCCUCACACCACUGUCUGCCCGAGAAGCACUGAAAGCUGUGAAACCUCCCUCCCUGGCGGUGAGGAAAGCAUAUGUGUCUGGAACACACACAUACACACAUACACG